CAAAUUUUAAGAAAAUGCGUCGAUUUUUUAAACGAUUUAUGGCAAUAAUUCACUUAUUCUGAAAAAAUUAACUUCAGUUAAAUGAGUCAGAAAUCACCUGGAGGUCGCCCUCGGCGGCCUGACAGGGAGGGAAUUGGCCCCUCCUCUAAGUAUGAGGCCCAAAAAGUCAAACAAAAUGGGAGGCAAAGUGAAAGUGGCAGAGCAGCCAGCUCUGCCACUGGAUCUGGAAAUGGAAGUGGCAGCAACACGCGCACUUUCAGCAAACCAAGUGAAAACGCCAGACCGUCUCAGGACCGGCCUGCUUCACAUCGGUCUGGUAGUGGUACAGAUGUGUCCAAUAAAACAUCUGAAAGCCGUGAAAGUGGGGUGUCCAGCCGCAGUGGAUCUGGGAGAGGCGGUGCUGGUGGAAGAAGAGCAGCAGACGAUCGAUCCAACAUUCGAGGUAAAGUGGAAAGCACACCAAAUCAAGGUCAAGGUCAAAUACAAAUUGCUGUGCCCCCAACAGGUCAUCCCGGAGCAACUUCCAAUCAAAGACCAACUGGAGGCCAUGUCACAGAGCGGGGAAGAGCUGUCUAUCACUCUCAUGGUCGUGGGCAAGGUGCUCAUAAUCUUCGACGUGGUGGAGAAUACUUUGCCACUCACGGCAGCAGGCCAGAUAAGAGUGAAGUGAUGCAGCACCCGACUGGUAUUCUAUCAAGGGAAAACCUGCAUAUAGAAAUAAAAGCGAGGGGCCCAGACACCAAGCCGUUCUCGGAUGAUUCGCGUCUGUCACGUAUGAUGCGGAGACUCAGCAGAGAAGAUGACAAGGAGCGCAGAUUGCAGCUGAUUCGACAGUUGAAAGAUUUCUUCAUCCUGCCUGAGAACACAAAGCAACACUAUUUGGGAGCUGACUAUGUGCCCUGUUUUGAGUCAAUCAUCAAGAUUGUUGACAGUAUACUGGUGGCUCUCCAGGAUGUGUUUUAUGAAAGAACAUUUCGAGAAGUGAAGCAAGAGGUCGCUCAUUGUAUGGGAGUGUUUGGGAGCAUGAUGGGAAAUGAUGCCCAAAGAUAUUUCCAAUGGCUCUUUGAGAAAUUGUCCAGCACGCAGAUUGAAGAGGCCAAGAUUUUAUUCCUGACUGCAUUACUUGAGACUUUAAGAGCUGAUGAGAAGAAGCAGAGUCUGAGAGAUUUCAUUCCUCUGGUCAUGAACCACGUACAGGGUGUGCUGGAGAAUGCCGACACUCCCGAUCUCCUGGUCGCUGUCCUUGAUGUCAUCCUUCAUCUCAGCAAGGCCUAUCCACAUGUCUUCUCUUCACACUUCAGGGAUACUGUUGACAUACUCGUUGGGUGGCACAUUGAUGCCAGUCAGAGUAAUGUCCUCACAACAAAGACGUCUGACACCCUCAUCGCCUUCCAUAACUUUUGGAUCGCCGACAUGAAUUUCUCAACCACUCUGCUGGGACAGUUCUUGGAGGAUAUGGAGGCGUACUCGGAGGACCUCAGUCUUAUAACGAGUGGGCAUCCCCCUCAUGAUGAGGACAUCCCUUUGCCAGAAGACUGUAUUGCAAAGAUCUACUCCCUUCUCAGGGUGUUUACUACGGUGAUACAGAGUCUUGGUGACUACUUGACUCCUGGGCAUAGUCCUCAGAUCAGCUGGGAGUACAUCUCUGACAUGGUGGCAAGGAUCAGUAGAACAAUACUCAACACGGAGAAAACGGUCUACUCCCUCAAUGUGUACACGGCAGGAAACUUGUGCCUGUCGAGUCUUGCCGGUCAUCUCCAGCAGCACUCUACUGUUGUGUGCGAGUCACUGCUACCGUUCGUUCUCAAUCAGAUCAAUGUCGAGAUAACCAAGUCUGAUGACUACUGGACAUCACUUUGCUCUCUCAUUCAUAAGCUGGUUGAUCACAUCAACACACACUUGCCCACCGAUUUCCUCAGCAAGUUAUUGGGAGCAGGCUCAGUGUUCCACAAGCUGAAGUUCUCACGAACAACGCAGGUUGUCAACGAUCUUCUCAAAGUUCACACAGCUAUCAUGAGUUUGAAGAGUGUCCCCCUGCUUGAAGAGGCUUACAAUUAUAUUCUUGGAGAUUUGGAAGUUGCUCUUAACAUCCUUCUGGAGAAGUCCGGUGCUCCCACCUGUAGCAUCACUCAAGGGAACCCACUUGCUGGACACCUGACAUAUGCACCAGAAGAAGCUGAGGCGACUGCUGUGUUCGAUAUCUGUGUCAUUGCAGUAGUGGGCAACUCUAAGAGCAAUCUGAUUGGGAUGUGGGCACUCUCUCCAAGUGUCUUUGACUUGUUGACCAAACAUAUCCUCCAGCUGCCGAUAGAACUUGCCGAGCAAUACCCGACCAUCCAGUAUGCUGCCUUACAGACUGUCUGCUCCCAUUGCACCAAGCAUGGCCACUUCAUCAGCAGUAGUGCACUCAUCAACAAGACCUCCACUCUGGAGGGAUCCGUCUUGGCUAACACAUAUACCAGUGGACACUUCACAACGAUUCUCCAACUGUUGACACAACUCCUUAUGAACCGGCGCACACCAUUUGACUCACUCUGCCUGGCAGUGAAGUGGGUUGGAGACAUCAUUGAAACCCUCCAGCAUAACGUGCACAUGUUUGGCUAUGACGAGUUCCUGGCGAUAUUUGAUGCGCUCAUCAUUCUCGGCCACAAACAGGACUUUGAACUUGCCUUUAAAUCUUGCAAGUGUUUGAAAGCUGUCUUAAAGAAGAGUACUGACCUUCCGUUGGUGCAGCUAGCAAGAGUGAGAAGUCUGUGUCUUGUGCGAAUCAGCUGUAAUGAUGUGACAGUCGGGGAGGAGUACACCAAGCUGUUGAAGAUGCUACCUAUCUGUACCACGGCCACCUCUCAAUGUUCAUCACAGAGCAAACAGCGCAAGAGUCACCUGGACAAGAAGGGUGUGGUGACACCAUGGACCCUCAACCAGGGACGCCGUCACCACAUGACCAGGCUGCCUCUCGGCACGUUCCAUUCACAUAACUUCAAGACCCUAAUGGGUUAUCUGUUGUGUAAUCUCCAGGCCAAGUUCUCUGAGGAGACGGGUUGGCUGCUGAGCAUCUUCCAGAACUGUCAGAGAGUAGCAGAGAGGGAUGCAGAGAAAGAGGACAAGACAGUCAAACUGGAAACUGGUAAUGAUUGUGAGAUGUUUUUCUGGCUGACUUGGGAGGCAGCUCAGUUCUGUGUGCUGACCAAGCUUCGUACGCCACUGGGGAAACCACAGGAUACAUUCACGACCAUCGAGGCUGCCUUGAAGAAGUAUGCUUGUGAUGCUCUCAAUAAAGACAACGAAGAUGGAAAUAUGGCAACGGAGGAAAUGCAGGAUGGUUGCUACGGCCUUCAGCUGAGGGUGAACCUGUUAAUCCAGUUCAUGGAUCACUUGGAGAAGCUGCUCUAUAAUGCUUAUGAAGGAUGUGCGGUCGCCAUGGCAUCAGCACCAAAGACUGUGCGUCCAUUCUUCCGCACGAACCGUGCCACGUGUCUUGAAUGGCUGAGUCGUAUCCGCGUGAGUGUGAUGAUCACAUCGCUUCACUGCCACCAGCCAGCAAUGGCCGUCCGGCAGGCCUCGGAGAUGUUACGAGAUCUCAAGGAGAACAACAAUAUCUCGGGCCAUGACUUUGAGAGAGCUGUGAUGUACCUCGUGCAAGCCUUGGUGCUGUUGAAGUCUCCUGAAGCCAUCCAAGGUGUGUACGCCUGGUGUAAGGAGAUGGUUGGACAGAAACUCACCUGGAUCAAAGCGGCCGUGGAGAAGGCCAGUGGAAGAUACGAACAAGCAGCCAAUGAUUUCCAAACCUCGCUGAAGAACUACCUCACACCUGACACUCUCCUGGAUGAGAAAGAGACGUCCAAGUCACCAACUGACUCACCAUUGCAUAGUCCAAGGAACUCAGUCAACCCCGAGGUGCUGAGGAAGCAGUUCAAACAGAUGGACCCAGACCCCUGUCUGGCCACGUAUCUGGUCAAUGAGGUGACAGAUAGCUACCUGAGACUUGAUGAUCUUGAGUCUGUCCAUUCUUGGCAGGAGAGUUUACACAGCUACAGGAAGGAGUACACUGGUAGCUCACUGCAGGUGGCCUUCAAUGCUAAUGUGGACAUGAACUACUUGAGGGCUCUGUCCAAGUUUGAUUGUGGAGACUACUCUGGUGCUAGAGAGAGCCUGAUGUUGGUACCAGGAGCCUCCCUGAAUGAUGUCCACAAGCAUGCCUCCUCCCUGCACCUCUGCUGGGACCCGAGGUCCGUCCUGGAGGCCUGCGAUAAGAGGUUCACUGCUGCUCAGAUAGCAACUGCUGAAGGAAAGGAAGCAGUUGACACCAUCACCAAGUGUUUGAGUACAUCCCUAAGGCUUGUGGAAGACACACUGUUGGCCAGCAGUUUGGAAGGCGGACAGCUACUACCUUCAGACCUCCUUGUGCACAUGCAGUCCUUGGCUUGUCUGAAAGACUGCCUCACAGGUGAUAAGGAGUUCUUACUGUCUAUCCUUGGUGACCUGCAGCUCGAUCCACAGCUCCAUGAUGUGGGAACAAUCAACAGAGUCCUCAAGUUCCUCACAUUCAUCACUGAAACAAGAGACAAACUACCGGGGGCAAAAAACUGUGAUUUUGCAAGUUCUCUGAAAAGACUUCGUCUUGCGAUGGUACGCCUCGUCCGCAAGCAGAAGAACUUUGAUUUGGCUGAACGCCUCCUGAUCAAAGAAAUGCAAGCAAACACUACAGCCAAGAACGGUCUUGUUAAUGAGCCAUUACUGAAGGCCCUCAACAACCUCCAAGAUAGCCAGUCUUCUCUUGGCCACUUGGAGCUACUGAAGAUCGAACGAGAGGCAUCCAAACUACUUCUUGCAGUCAGCCAACCGGGGGAUGCUCAGGAAAUGAUGAGUAAAAGUGCAGUCCAUUUUGCAUCAACAGAACCAAAGCCAUACGAGGCAUAUUUAGUUGGUGACUUGAAUGCGCGGUCAUUGUUGACCUUAGUCAAGUGGCUCCAGGCUGACCACAAGGCACUGUCGAUGUAUGUCUCUCAGUACAAGAUGAUCGGGAGAGGGGAUGAAAGUAGUGUGGGGCAGAUGGCGCGGAACCUAAAGGCACUGAUGGAUCUGGAGGCUGCUGGAGCUGAGAGGCGGCAAGGUAUCAUCUUGGAUGACGAUGAUGUAGAAGUUCUGAGUAUCGGUGAUAACCCCAUCCUGUCAGACAGUGACAAGAUCGUAGGGAGGCUCCUUCACUUCAGCACCAUGCAGAACCAAGACAUGGCCAAGGCCUGGUUUGCCCUGGCCAACUGGUGCUACAAGUGGGGCAGGAAAGCUGUUGACAAUGCCAGCCUUGGUAGUGUUGAGUUGAUGAAGCAGGAGAGAUCAGCUAUCCUGUCUAUCUUACCCAAGGGAACGAGUGCUGAUGAGACAGAGAAUGUGUUGACUAUUCUCAGUCAGAUCCACACGGGGAGUACCAGUGAGGAGGACAUCAGUGAUCAAGAUCAGUCCCUGUACGAUGAUGGCACUGAAACCACCAGAAAGCAGCUCUUGUCCGGCUGUCUGACCCUUCAGAUUGCAGCAGAUGGUUGCGUGGAUCGCCUGCUUGACGUGUGGAAGGGUGUGGUGAAGAGGGUUUACCAUUACUACCAGCUGUCUGCCAAGGCCUACUUUACCUACCUCAAGCAGAAUGGAGAGGUGUGGAAUGGUAAGACCAACAUGGAUGGCAACAUCACCGCCACCCUACGGUUGCUGAGACUGCUGGUGAAGCAUGCGUGGGAGCUGCGUGGGGUGCUGGAGGAUGGUUUGGCCCACACCCCUACAACACCCUGGAAAGGUAUCAUCCCCCAGUUGUUCUCUCGUCUGAGCCACCCUGAGGCAUACGUCCGUCAGAGUGUAUCUGAUCUGUUAUGUCGGGUCGCUCAGGAUGCCCCUCAUCUCAUCGUCUACCCAGCUGUGGUUGGGUGUUCAACCUGUAAGAUGGAUUGCAGGGAUACAGAGAGGGACGGAAUCCUGAACAAUUUGAUUUGCCAGACUCCUCAAGAAGAUGGUUUGGAUGCUGAGCAGGAUGAGGCCGGCUCCCAGGAGGGGGAUGCUGCUGAUGAUGAGAGCAGAGAUAUCCUACAGAACUGUUUCACUGCUAUGGUGGAUACUCUUUCUCAUCAUAACCCACAGAUGAUCUCUGAAGUGCAGCUUCUCGUUCAAGAGCUGCGUCGUAUCACACUUCUGUGGGAUGAGCUGUGGCUUGGCACGUUGAACCAGUAUCACAGCGACGUGCAGCGCCGCUUCAACCAGCUGGACGGUGAGGUGAAGAAGGUGAUGCAGAACCAGUCCCUUGCCAAGGAAGAGAAGCAAGCCAUCAUCCAUGAGAAACAUGUCACUGUACUCAAACCUACCUUGUACACAUUGGAGAGACUCAAGGCGAUAACAUCUCAGCCUGCAGACACCAGCCACGAACAGUGGUUCCAGGACACAUUCGGCUCUCUCAUUGAUGAGGCCGUCUCCAAGCUGAAGGACCCGCCCAAUGCUAACAACCCACAGUCCAGCUGGCAACUCUUUAAACAGCUCCACAGCACUCUCCAACAACGGAGUCAGAAGAGAAGUAGUUUGAUGCUGCAGAUGGAUGCCAUUAGUACCAAGUUGGCGAGUCUGAAGAAUACCGUUAUAGCUAUGCCAGGGCUUGGCUCUGUUGGUCACGUGGUUACUAUCGAUGCUGUUUACAACACUGUGCAAAUCCUGCCGACCAAGACAAAGCCCAAGAAACUCAUCUUUAUUGGCUCUGAUGGGAAGAAAUACCCGUACCUCUUCAAGGGCCUUGAGGAUCUUCAUCUUGAUGAGAGGAUCAUGCAGUUCUUGUCCAUUGUCAACAACAUGUUCGCCAGGAACUGUGUUGAUGACAAACACCUCUAUCAUGCCCGCCACUACUCAGUCACCCCCCUGGGCUCAAGAUCCGGUCUCAUCCAGUGGGUGGAGGGAGCGACCCCGUUGUUUGGUCUCUACAAAAGAUGGCAGCAAAGGGAAGCCCUUGUCCAAGCUAUGAAGCUACAACAGCAAUCAGGUAGUGAAGUGACCAAUGUGCCCAGUAAUCCAACGGCCAUCGCCCGACCGAGUGAGAUCUUCUACAACAAGCUGACACCAGCCCUGAAGGAAAAGGGUGUCUUGAACCUGGACAGUCGCAAGGAUUGGCCUCACAGCGUGGUGAGGAGAGUCCUGGAGGAACUCAUGGUUGACACUCCUAAUGAUCUCCUUGCAAAGGAGCUUUGGUGUUCAAGCACAAGUGCCAGUGACUGGUGGCAGAUCACACAGACGUACUGCCGGUCGACUGCUGUCAUGUCCAUGAUUGGUUACAUCAUCGGCCUCGGAGAUCGUCAUCUUGACAAUGUCUUGGUUGACCUCACAACUGGAGAGGUUGUCCACAUUGAUUACAAUGUUUGUUUUGAGAAAGGCAAGAAUCUACGAGUUCCCGAAAAGGUUCCGUUCCGUAUGACACAGAAUAUUGAGACUGCACUGGGAAUCACAGGAGUCGAGGGUACGUUCCGUCUGUCGUGUGAACAUGUGAUCAAGACGAUGCGUAAAGGCCGUGAGACGCUGCUCACCCUGCUUGAGGCGUUCGUUUAUGACCCGCUGGUUGACUGGACGACUGGGAAUGAGGGAGGAUAUGCUGGAGCAUUCUACGGAGGCUGGCAGACGACCGGAGACAACUGGCCGAGCAAGAAGCAGAUGGAUCGAGAAAUCACUCUUAGUAUGUUUGCAAUACGAACUGCUGAGAUGAAGGCAGCUUGGUUGACAAAUAGAGAUGAAAUGACCGACUCGAUUCCAAAGCUGCUUGACAUGCUCGAGGGUUCUUUGAGGACUCAGUUUGAGUACGCGAGUACCAAAGACAAGUUCAGUCAUCUACAGGAGAUGCUUCAACUCCUGGAAGAGGCCAGACGCAACAAGGAACACCCUCUGUAUGAACUUCAUGAAAGGUAUUCUGAGUACGCUGUUGUCAAGACAACCAAGAUGGCCGUCCAGGAGGCAAUCCAGGAGAAGAUCAAUGAAUGCGACACGUGGAACCAGCUACUGCAGUAUGCGUUCAGUGUUGUCAAGGGCCAGUGCUUGCAGAUCAUGCGUAACGAGGUGUCAAAGCCUCUGGCAAACAGCGUGGCGAGCUACAGCCCUGCUAUCCCAUUCCUGCAGGGAGCAGGACAGGGCCAGGUCAUUCAACAGUGUGAUGAAGUGCAUGGUGAGCUGACUGCUGUUCUCUGUCAGCGUCGUCAAGUCAUCUGUAGCUGCCUCGAUAUCCUGCUGACAUAUGCCACCAUCGUCUCCCAGUUCCCUCAGGGCUUCACUGAGACUAGCCGCAGCACCACCAUUCAGAACUCACUCCAGGAACUCAUAUGCAACUUUGAUAGAGAGAAGUGUCAGGAGUUGGUGAGUGACUAUCAGGAUGCUUACAGUGGUUUAUCUGUGACACAACAACACAUCGAAAACAUCCUCAACACUGAGGCAAGGUUACAGACGGUCAUUGGAGACACCAGCAAUAAACUCAUGAAGGUGAUGGAGAGGCGUAACUUAGAAGGAGCUGACACAUCCUAUCUUGGAGUGCAGGUGCAAGAGUGUGCCAAUGCGAUCCAUCAGCUGCUGGCCGACUAUGGUCCCGCAGGCAAGGCCAGUCUGGCUGGGGUUAUCAUCACGGCUUUGUGUGCUCUGACCAAACGUUACUUGGUCAUGGAGGGUGCUGCUGCUGCUGCUGGUGAUCGCCUGAUGGACCUGACAUCGCGGGAUGGUGACUGGUUCCUGGAGGAGCUCCACAGCAUGUCUGGCAACAACAUUCAGCUCAUCGCCCUCCUCAAGCUCACCUCACCCAAUGACAACAACAUUGAGAUGACGAGUCAGGCAUUCCAAGCCAUGCAAGCGACGCACCAGGUCUACAUGGCCCUACAAGAUCUCAACGCUAACUUCCGUAACGUCAUCCUGCCAGAGUCGAUCAAGGCAAUCCAGGGAGAUGAAGAGAGCGUGAUCGCUACGUUAAACGCAUUGGAUGCGAUUAUUCAUUCUCCAAAUAUGACACUAGAGGGAGUCGUCAGUCAACUGGAGAUGCUGCUGAGGAAUGCCAUCAUGGGCAUGGAGUAUUCUAAUGGUGAAGUUCUCUCACACGUCAAGAGAAUGAGACAAUCCUUCAACGAGUUGCUCCAGAGUUCCAACAUGGAGACGUCCGAGCUAACACCGGGGCAGAUGCUCCUCAUGGUCUUUAACGGUCUCUUCACGCAGCUCGACAAUGAUUUCACAGACAUGCUUGAGAUGAUUGACUCUGUGAAAGUGCCUGAUAUUUGGAGGAAGGUGGACAUGGUGAGGGAGGCGAAGGGUCUGCAGAUCUCUGCAUUCAAUGGGUCUACGCUGAGUCUCCUCUCUGAUAUCUUCUUCGUCAAGCGGCUGAUGGCGAUGCAGGAAUUCUUCCUCAACUGUCGCCAGAUGGCGCUCACUCUCCACAGCAAACAGGGAGGACCGGUGUUUGAUGAUGAUCAGCUGGCCAAGCCGAUCAAGAGGUUCAUUGCUGAGUUUGUUCGCAAGCAGGUGAUUGGCCUGCCCUCACAGACCCUUGGCUACCUGAUCUGUCAAAAGGUGGCAUCACUUGGCAUCAAUGUGACUGCUGAGAUAGAGUUGAAGGACAUCGGGGCGGAGUGUAAGGUUUCUCUUGAUGACCUGUGUAAGAAGGCGGUGGAUUUGAGUCUUCGCCAGAACCACUUUGAGCAUAUGCACCUGACGCAGGCAGGCACGCUCACCAGUAAUUAUGAUGCAGCGUGGAGGAAGCAGGAUCUGGCAAAGAGGCUCGAUAAUAACAUGAACAUGUAUGAGGGAAGUGGGCAGCGUACACAGCUCCAGUUGGCCAGGUACCAGUGGCUUCAUGAGGACAUCUUCUCCCAAGUUGGACGUCCACUCAACCAGCUCGUCAUGCCUAACAGAGCGUCUGUCAUGUCUGAACUAGGAAAGGGUGUCCAGUCUCUGAUCAGUCAGGAGGCCGCUCUUGUAGCCAUCCAGGAAAGAUACAUUCAGUUAGAGUCGGGUAUUGAGCAGAGGUUAAAGUGGGCUGCUGGAGCCAACCCCACGCUUGCACCAGUUCUCCAACACUUCGAACAGGCCAUUGCUGAUAGGAAGAGACUUCUUGAGCUUGAGGGCAAGAACAGCUCUGAUGUGAUCAGCAUCUGUAACGCCAUCCUUCACUUUGAACUGCUGCGUACUCGAACAUCUGAUGCUGCGGCCAUGGACGCCAUGUUCCUUGACCUCAUGAACCGAUGUGAAGAGAGUUGUGUUUUAAGUGAAGAAUGCCGCAGCUCAGUGACGGAGGCUGAGGAAUACCUCAUGGAGCUGAAGCCGCUCAAACCUGGCGAGAAAGUCAGUGAGCAGUGGCUCGGGGCGGCCUUAGACUUGGUUAAUAAAGAAGUGGUAGCUGGCCAGGGCAAGGUCAAUAAGGUCAAGACUGGGGUCGACCAAGCUAGGGAGGGUGUGCGAAGUCAAGUGACACUGAUCCGUAACAUCCUGACCACCCAUCACAAACUCAUGUCUGACAUCAGAACCAUCCUCAAGUCAAUGGCCAAGGUUGAGGAACAGGAGUAUGGCGUGGACAGCCAAGCAGGUGGAGUGAGGGAAUACAUGAACCUCUACAAACUCUUCUCAGAGACGUUCACAGCCAUGCUCAAACUGGCCAUGUCAGAUGAAAUGAACCAGGAGAUGUUGGAUGAUGUCCGCCGCAUGGUAGAGAAACUCAACGCUCAGAUUACAAGUAUUUAUGAUGAGCUCAUCUACCUGGCGCCACCUCUUCUCCCAGAGACCGCCGAGGCUGUGGAGGACCAGAAACCAAGCUUUGCCGCAGCCUUGCUCAGGAGGCCACCAGACAGAGAGUCCACACCAAAGAAAGGGCCGCAGUUGUUAAAGCCUGACGUUGCCGCUACCCCUCCAAGUCCUUAUUCCAGGCCGGCUGUUAGCACAGCCAAGAAACCUGAAAAGGUCACCAGGGAUCCAAAGACUGGCAAAGCCAUACAAGAGAGGAACUCGUAUGCAGUGGGGGUGUGGCGUAAAGUCAAGAUGAAGCUGGAUGGGAGAGAUCCAGAUGUCAACAAGAAGCUGUCUCCAGCUGAACAGGUUGACAACGUGAUCAAAGAUGCAACCAACCUGGAUAACCUGGCGUUGUUGUAUGAAGGUUGGACGCCGUGGGUCUGAACCCGUAGCACGAAAUGUGACUGGCAUUCCAAACUACAAAACAUACUGCAGUAUCUACGUGCAAAUCUGGGCAUGCGGGCUGCCCGCAGUGAGAUGUUAGCAUCUGCAGCUAGAGGAAAAAGUAAUGGACAAUCUCUCGAAGCAGAACUCCGCACGCCAGGCCCUUGGGUCUGAUCAUGGAGAUUUAUGCAAAUGAGAUGUGCGUCUUUUGAAAAGAUGACGAUCAGGAACUUAUCUACGAAAUAAUAGGCUUGGAUUUCUUGGCUACUCUGAUGUGUGUCUGUGGCAAACAAGACUACCUGGCAUCCAUCAUAUCAUCAAUUACCCUCAUUGAGUUGUUUCUGCAAACUCUGCUCAAGCCAAUGAUUUUGUUCAAAAAUGAGAUAUGAAGAUUUUUGAGGAUUUGAUGUUUUUAUUAUGGAUUUUAUGUGAAGAAUUAUACAUGCUGAAGAGAUAUUCGGCUGAGCACAUGGACCACCAAAAGAAAAAGCAAAAAUUUGAUGAGAAAUGUUGGUGUGUCAUUUCAAGAUGUUUGCCAGGGAAUCUGUAUUCUUUGACACAAGCACUCAUUGCUGGGAGUACGGAGAAAUCAUGGAUGAACAGUAGUAGGUAAGAGAGAAUAAAGAAAGUAACAGGUCUGUUUAAUUGAAGAAGGAAGACAGACUUUCGUAAUUUUGAGAUGUUUUGACAAGUACAAAAUGAGUCAAUGUCUGAGCAGGGACGACGUAAAUUGUGAAGUAUCUGAACCCAAGACAGGUUCAAAUCUCGAUGGAUCACUGAUCUAGAGAAAGUGACAAUGGUAAAGAGAAACUUGUCCAUAAGCCUUGCUGCAGGGUUAUUGGACAAUAUAAGAUAGGCAUACUCUGGUAUCGACUCCAGAGAGCCAUGCUGGUCUUCGUCAAUGCUUCAACAUUAUAUUAAAUGACGCUUCAUGCUGAUGUCGGAGCCAAUGUGGUUAAGGGGUGUGUGUAUUUGAGUCAAGUUUUAAAAUCAUCUUGGUGAGAGUUGGUCAUGUUUUUAGUUGCACUUCGACAGCUUGACUUCGCGAUGGAAAGAAACAAUGUGUGGGGUCUGAUGAUUCUUGCAGCAUCACAUGCCAAUAACGGGAGAAGACCAUUCAUUAAACUAACAUUGGAGUUCAGCAUCAUAAUAACCAAUAUAGCAUCAUGAUUUCAGUUCAUUUUUCAUUCCCCACUUUCGGGUGUUGGUCAUUUUUCAUAAUUUUUUCGCGGUGUUUUUGUCUAUUUUUUGGUAGUAAGUAGUAGACUUGAUUUCGUAGCUUCUCUGUUGUAUUGUUCUUCUCACUUUGUGUUACCAUGGUUACUCAUAUAACUUGUUUGUUGUAAAUAUUGCAUUGAUUGUUAGAAAUAGGAUAAGUUUAUAUACUCAAGUGUGAGUUGUAUUCUGUGGGUAAGAUUCUUAAAUGUUUUCGAAAAUAACCGAUGUAGUCCGUCGGGAAUUUAAGGAAACCGUCGUCUUUCAGGCAUAGUGGUGGCUCAUGGGAUAUUUGACAUCAGCUUGGAAAACCUUUGUCCAGCUCAUUUGCAUAGUAGACAGACAGUGACAGAUAACACCCUUUGCCACCACAGAAGUGCUUCAGGCUCCGUCUGAUAGUCUACAAGGGGCAGGUGAGUCUCUCUGUGUCAGUUCAUACAUACAGUCAACACAACACCACAACUGAGCCGUCGAUAUCCCUGAAAGAUGAUUAGAAAUGAGUGUAUUAGGAGGGAACUGAAAUAGUAUUGUAGAAACAAUGUAGAUAUGUUGUAUCAAGUGAAAGUGAUUGUUCUAGCUUGGACAGGCCCAGUGUUCUGCAGUCCAUGACUGGCGACGGGCAACGGUGGCAUCUUCUGGGAGGUCACGUCUGGUCUCUGUUGUAACAUGCUGAUGAAUCGAUCAUCAUGAAACUAGGCGGUUAGCACGUGCCAUAACCUGCUGUCAGAUAUUGGUGGGCUAGAAAACAGACAAGGUGUCCCAAAGCAUUUGUAAGCAUGCUGCUUACAAAACACCAUAGCCUGUUCCAGCUGCCAGAUUUGUGUGUUGUUAUUUACUUUUGUCUGAGUCUUUAUCAUUGUCAUAUCAGCUGUCGUGUAUCAACCUUCCUCUCAUCUUAUGCUAGUCCCCAGAGGAUUUCAACUUCAAUCAAAAAUUUGCUCUUGUAUCUGAUAUUUUGUGAGAUUUCAUAUAAAUUGGUGCAAAAACAUCUCCACUUUCUCCUGGUUAUUUUCUGAAAGGUGAUUUCCAGCAUUGAAGUAAAAUCAGACAGAAAAGUGAUUGUAUUCAAACAAAGCUGGCCCUAAACUUGUUGUUAUGUGCCAAAAUACUAGUAAAUAUGUUCAGUUUAUUUUUAGACCAGUUCCAUUUAGAUUCAGUGGAAUGCAACUAGUUGAUACGAUAGCAAAUUUUUCUUGCCCAGCGGAAAACUCUCUGUGGAUAGUGUGUCAUGUUUCACUAAGGUUUGAGUUACUUACUGUCAACCACCAAAUUUUGGGAGGCAUUUUUUUCUCGUUGAUUUUGCAAAUUAUGAGCUGGGAAGAUGACAACACUAUAGAAGCCAAGCUUGUCGCUCAACUCAGAAUUCAUAAAAACGAUUAACCGCCAAGAAAUUCCAGAACGACUGAUUGAGAAGUCAUUUCAGGUUUCGUAUCCUUGAAAUAAUGAAGUGAAGGCUAGACAUGUAUGUGUGUUGGUCAUCAUUCUGGCCGGCCCAAAUAUUUCUUGAUCAUAUUUGUCUUUUCUAUCCUUCAUUGCACAAGAGUAAUAAAUCGUUGUCAGUAUUAA